CACCAUGCUCUAUCUAUCCUCAUCUUAUUGAUUCUUGAUUGACUGAGGAUUACUCUAUACCUAGGUAAUGAGAUAAUAAUAAUAACCAAAUAACGAACAUCAUGAUUCGAGCCCGUCGCUACCGUAUCCUCCUGGUCUUAGCUACCAUCCUAAUCCUGACCCUAAUCCACUUUACGCGCUCUCGCGAACACCCGAUUCCAUACGACAUUAUUCGCGCUCCACCCUCAGCAAACACCAAGCGCUUUCCCUUCUCCCUACGUCCCCACGUCAACGCAAACAAGCUCCAGCAAGCUCCGCUGUCGCCGCAGGCCCCUCUCGCCCCUCCUCCCCCUCCUCCUCCACUGUCGCACGACUUCCAGUCCGGUCCCGGCCUGUUCCAACAACCAGAGGAUCGCCCCAGCAAACUAGACACCGACACCGACACCGACACCGCCUCCGUGGAAUCGCCCGCAGAGAAGAACCCCGAUGCGUCCCCCGCAGAGCCAGGCAAAGACAAGGAUUACUGGCCGAACGCCCCCGACACGGAGCAUGGCUCCUUCGCCAAAGGCCGACUAGAGGUCGAGUCACCCGAGUCGAGCCGGCCAGCAGCACACUGGACGAAACCGCGCGAGCACUUCCCACUCGCCGCAGAAGAGCUAAUCAAGCUCCCAAACGACCAACCCCGCCAACUCCCCAAGCUACAAGCGACAUUCAAAGACGAGUCGUCCCAUGAUAAAAUGAAGCGCCUACAGCGUCUAUCCCAAAUCAAAGAGACCUUCGUGCACGCCUGGAACGGGUACAAGGUCGCCGCCAUGGGCCACGACGAGGUCACCCCCGUCCGUGGGGGUUCGCGCGAUCCGUUCAACGGCUGGGGCGCCACGUUGGUGGAUACGCUUGACACGCUGUGGAUCAUGGAAUUGCGCGAGGAGUUCGUCAUUGCGGUGGAUCGUGUCAAGAUGAUUGACUUUACGACGUGCAGGCGCAAGGACAUCCCCAUGUUUGAGACGGUCAUUCGCUACUUGGGGGGUCUGCUGGGGGCGUACGAUGUGUCGGAACAUCGGUAUCCGGUGCUCCUCGAUAAGGCUAAAGAGCUGGCGGAGAUUCUGAUCGGCGCGUUUGAUACGCCUAAUCGGAUGCCGGCUCUGUUUUACAAUUGGGCGCCGAACUACACCUCCAAGCCGCACAGCGCGGAUGCGAAGGCCGUUCUGGCAGAGCUCGGCUCUCUGUCGGUGGAGUUCACGCGCUUGGCGCAACUAACCAAGGAAGACAAGUACUAUGACGCCAUUGCGCGCAUCACGAACGAACUGGAGAAAAUGCAGGACUCGACGAAACUGCCGGGUCUGUGGCCGAUCAAGGUGGACGCGUCGGGGUGCAAGGCAGCCACAGCCAAGGCCCCGCAGGAUCCAGAGAUCUCUACCUCCGACACAGGCUCUACUUCAGACACAGGCGCAAAGGCGCUACCCUCGGACCUAGAAAGUUACACCAACUACUUCAAGUCGCAUGACGCUUCCCGCACGGAGACACCAGGUUCCGACGCCGUACGACUAGAAAGCAGGGCGCUGCCAGAAGCGAACGCAGACGCAGACGCAGACGCAAACUGCAAGGACAGCCUCCGCAGCCCGGCGACAGAGUUCGACACCUUCGGGAUGGGGGCGCUAGCCGACUCAACAUACGAGUACCUACCAAAGGAGCACAUGCUGCUAGGCGGCCUGAACCCGCAGUAUCAGACCAUGUACGAAAAGGCCAUGACCGCCGCGCGCAAGCACCUCGUCUUCCGGCCCAUGGCCAAGGGCACAACCGACGUGCGCUUCCUAGCGUCCGUGAGCCUGUCGACGCCGCUUUCCCACGCUACACCAGACCAGAUGAAACACAAGUACGAGGGCACGCACCUGUCAUGCUUUGCAGGCGGCAUGGUCGCCAUCGGCGCGAAGCUGUUCGGCAUUGAUAGUGACAUGGAUCUCGCCCGCAAGCUGACGGACGGCUGCGUGUGGGCUUACCAGGCGACUAAGACUGGCAUCAUGCCGGAGCGGUUCGACCUUGUCCCCUGCAAAGAUCCGCAAACCUGCCCGUGGGACGAGACCGCUUAUCACAGCGCGUUAGAUCCCUACAUGGAGCAGCGACUCGCCCGUCCACCACCACCCCCACAGGAGCAGCAAAAAGAAGGGCCAAAGAAGCCAGGCAGCGUCGGCUUGAGAAAUAGCAAACGCUGGCACGUCGUCGCUCAACCCAAACGCCGACCAACUGACAUCCCAACCCACGAGUCACCCGAGUCGUCAUCAUCAUCAUCCUCAUCGUCAUCUUCAUCACCCGAGGAAAGCUCAGAGGAACCACCAUCCCACCAAGCAUACGUAUCCUCGCGCAUAACAAGCGAACACCUCCCACCCGGCGUAACACGCAUCACCUCCCGUCUCUACAAGCUUCGUCCCGAGGCGAUCGAGUCCGUAUUCAUCAUGUUCCGACUAACGGGCGACGAGUACUGGCGCGAGCGCGGGUGGAAGAUGUUCGAAGCGGUCUCCAAGAUCACAAGAACAGGGAUCGCGCACUCGGCGAUUAGCGAUGUCACCGUUACGGAUCCGGUGCUGCUGGAUGAGAUGGAGUCGUUUUGGCUCGCCGAGACGUUGAAGUAUUUCUAUUUGCUGUUUUGUGAUCCGGGGGUUGUGAGUUUGGAUGAUUAUGUUUUAAACACAGAAGCCCACCCCCUCAAACGACCCAGCUCAACGUCCUCAUGAAUCUUUCUCAGGGAGUCAGGGCUAUCUCGUCCAGCGGUGUAGAAUCAUGAAAAAUCUACAUCAACACCAACGAGUUCACGCACAUGAUGUUUAUUGUUUACUUACUACUGAUGAUGAAAAGGAUAUGGAUUGCUUAUGAGCGGGUAUGGCUUUAUUUAUUUUUUUUCGGGUAUUGUAUGUACCUUGCAUGGUAGAUUACGGGGUGGGGGUGUAUAUUCUGUUCUAUAAGCAUUAUCAUGGUUUAUUCCAACCGUACAGGAUCUAUUUUUCUGAUUCAUUCAACUACCUAGUAUGUAUACAUGAAUCUACUCAAAAGAAGAGGGAAGAGCAGGCGAACGAGGCUGAGGAUGGACAGGCGUAAGGCGC